AUGACCUACACUCUUUACGACGCCUCCGUGCCCCUCCUACUUGCGGGUCUCAACUCGCUCCUCGCCAUUGUGGCCAAGGCCGAGGCGUAUGCCACGGAAAAGUCCAUCGACCCCAAGGAAAUUCUCGACUGGAAGCUGGCAGACGACAUGCUGCCCUUCAGCUUCCAGUACUUCGUCGCAGCCGACUGCGCCAUCAAGAUCGUCGCUCGCGUGCAGGGCACCGAACCCGAGGCCCUGGGCAGGGAGUUUGCCAGCCUCGGCGACCUACGCCAGCGCGUCGAGCACGCCCUUGCCAUCGUCAAGGCCGCCGACCCCAAGACCUUUGACGCCCGUACCGAUGCCCUCGUGCCCCUUGGGCUCGGCUUCGGCAAAGGCGAGAUGCAGAUCAAGGCCCGCGACUACCUCGUCGCUUACGGAAUGCCCAACUUCUUCUUCCACAUCUCCACGGCCUACGGCAUCCUCCGCUCUAAGGGAGUCCAGCUCGGCAAGGGCGACUACCUUACCCCCUUUGCGGCUCCCAUCACGCAGCAACAGUAA